AUGAAGCUUUUCGCACUCGCAACAGCGCUCGCCGCAGGCCUCCAAGUGGCCGGCGCGGAGAGAGAGCACAAGACGCUCGACGCGCACUCCGCGGCGCGCUUCGCGCGCCGCCUCGCGCUCAAGGAGCGUGACGCGCACGCGAACACAAUCGACCGCGAGACCGGCGACCCGGUCUCGUCCGUGGAGUACGUGGUCGGCAGCGACGCGUGUCACGGCGUCACGACGUCGCAGCCGGGCAACAUCCUGCUUCUAUUCGUCAACGCAAGCUCGACGUACCAGAACUGGCGCGACAACUCGCGGUUCUCGCUGACGCUCGAGAAGCACCACGGGCGGCGGCCCGUGCCGCCGCUGGCGGCGCCGCGCGCCAACUUCUUCGGCGAGCUCAAGCCCGUGGAGCGGUCCGACGCGCUGGACCAGUGCUUCCUCAGAAAGCACCCUGACGCGGAACACUGGCUGCCCGGCAGCAAGCACCACGACGUGGACGAUGGGCAGUGGUACGAGCUCGACGUGAGCCGCGUGAACUUUGUGGGCGGGUUCGGCAAGCACGGGUUCGCGGGCGAGAUCAGCGGCGACGAGUACCACAACGCGGUGGGCAACGACACGGAGUGGGCGAGCCGCGGCCACGGCGGCGACGACGGCGACGAAGAAAGCUCCGAGUCGCUCUUCAGCAUCGCGCACCUGCGCGAGCGCAUCCGCGGCCUGCUGCGCGCGGACGACGGCCACAAGGGCGAGCGCCGCGCCAAGGGCCACCACGCGAAGGGCGGUCACGCCAAGGGCUACCACGCUGAGGGCCGCGCCAAGAACCACCGUGCUAAGGGCCACGCCAAGGACCAUGCCGAGUACCACGCCAAGGACUACGCCGAGGACCGCGCCGAGGACCGCGCCGAGGACCACGCUGAGGACCACGCUGAGGACCACGCUGAGGACCGUCAUGUCAAGAACCACCCUAAAGCGCAGCCAGAGGAGCAGCGCGGUGUCGCGCGCCUGAGCCCCGACGGCGUCAGGCAGAUCGGCGUCGCACUCCGCGGAUUCCACGGCGAGUACUACAUCCAGUACGACCCCGAGUUGAACGGCAGGCAAGUCGGCGAGCAGGACGCCCGUGAUGAGCAGGACGCUCGUGACGAGCAGGACAUCCCCCACGAACAGGACGCCUCCAGCAAGCGCCGCGAGCACAAGGCCAAGGCCAAGGGCAAGGGCCACUGCAAGGGCGCCAAGAAAAUGCACGCCAAGCAGCGCAUGCACAACAACUGA